AUGGCCCUUCGUUUUUUGCCCGAGACAGCGUUCAAAUCCUGGGUGACCGGUAAUGCUUAUAUCAAGUCUCCAGGAGACCUGAUGCUCAUCUAUAGCAUCCUCGCCGUCGGCGUAGCCUUGUCAGGAGGACCCAAGAACAUCGCCAACGAAUACGCCCAGAUCGCCCACUACGCGCAGCACCGAGCUGCUUGCAGCCUUCAGCUCGCGCAGGCUCGUCUGCUUCUCGCGCUGUACUACCUGUCACUCUCUAGGCUGAACGACGCGAACGAGUUGAUCAGUGGAGCCAUAUCAGCAUCGAUCGAUCUGCAGCUAAACCUCGAACUUGAAAAGUCGAACGAAGCGGACCUGACAGACUUCCCUUAUGGUUUGCAAAAAGAUGGAUAUUCAGAGAGCCGAAGACGAACUUACUGGGCAUGCUUCGUACUGGAACGACUCAGCGGCGUGUUUCCCAAUCGGCUGAGCAUUCUGAACGUCAAAGACAUCUUUAUCCGACUCCCAUGCGAAAACGAAUUGUUCGAACGUCAGGCAAAAUCCGACGCUUCCUUUUUCCCAGCAGCGAUGGCUAUGUCAUCCAAAGCCGUCAUUCGGCCAUUGGGUAUCUUGGCCUUCCUGGUACAGCUUGUGGCCAUCUGGGGUGAGGCUAUGUCUGAACUCUACAGGGCUGCCCAAAGCCAAGAAACAGACUAUGACGCCGCGGGCUUUAUUGACACCGUGAUGGAGAAGUUGAUCGGAUGGCGCGAGUCCCUGCCCGAGUGCUUCACUUACAGUUCGGGCAAUAUGGCCCUGGCUACACAAGAUGGCACUCUCAGCACAUUCCUCACGAUCCACCUGGUAUAUCUCCACGGGCUCAUGAAGAUCCAUCGACACGUCCGGACAGAGCCGAUCGCUGCCUCGGUACGGCUACAAUACGGAACGCGCAUCCAUGAGGAAGCAACGCGGGUUCUGGACAUCACGGGCAUGUUGGAAGUGCUGCUCCAGGGCCGCCGAGCUCCCAUCAGUGCGCCGCCUCCUUUCAUGAGCUACGUCAUCCUCGAGGCUACUGACGUCCUCACGGCGGAGGGGUCCUUGGCGGAUGUCUCGGUCCUUCUGGAUCGGCUCGCGGUCGCAGGGGCGAUUGUCGAUGCUGCGGGAAUGGUAUGGGAAGAGGCUCGGGCACAUCAAUCGGUCAUGGAACAGAGGCUCGAUGCACUACGUGCUCUGCGGGAUCGUCAGCCCAGCGACGCGCCCCUCGCCGGUAGCAGGGUGUUUGAUCACGACGAGAGCAAGGAUAGCAAGCUGCCUGCGGGGAGGUGCUGGCAGAUGGACGAUCCAAUGGACACAACAUUUCCUCGAAGGAUGGAUCUCGUAUACAUUCGAAGCUGA